AUGCGCUCCUUGGUGAUGGUGCUGCUGUGCUCACUGCUGGCUUUUGCAUUGGCCGUCCCGUUCAGAGGUGAGGAAGGGCUGAACAAGCGCGAUGUGCAGCCGGAGUGGGAGGAUUUGGGCUGGGCCUGGGGGAAACGCAGCGAUCCCAACAUGCGCGUCCGCAUGCUGCGCUCCCUUCAGCCGAUGAAGAAAAACCCGGAAUGGCAUGACCUCGGCUGGACUUGGGGCCGAAAA